CGCGCUAGUUCUCCCAUCUCUUUUGAGCACUCUUUCCGAAAAUAAAUAUUUUUCCGGCUUUUUCUUUGGAAUGUUUUCGCUGCUGCACAAGGAGGAAAACGCGCACGACAAUGCGCUGUGGGCCUGCACCUGGGGCCGCGACACUGCCGAUCCGGAUCCGGAUGAUGCUGGCACGGAGCCGGAGGAGGAGAAUCCCUUCGAUUUCGACAAGAAGGAGGCGCGUCCUAAGGAUUUCAUAGUCACCGGAGGCCUGGACGACUUGGUGAAGGUGUGGGAUCUGCGGGAGGACAACACCUUAAAGCUCCGCCACCAGUUAAAAGGACAUGCCUUGGGUGUCGUGUCCGUGGCCGUCAGUUCCGAUGGACAGACAAUUGCGAGCAGUUCGCUGGAUUCCAGUAUGUGUUUGUGGGAUGCCCGAUCCGGCGAUAAGAAACACCUGCUUACCUUUGGUCCCGUUGAUCUCUGGACGGUUGGAUUCUCGCCCUGCAACAAAUACGUGAUAUCUGGAUUAAAUGACGGCAAAAUCUCCAUGUACAGCGUGGAAACGGGGAAGGCGGAGCAGACACUAGAUGCGCAGAAUGGCAAAUACACACUGAGCAUUGCCUAUAGCCCUGAUGGCAAGUACAUAGCCAGUGGAGCCAUCGAUGGCAUUAUUACCAUCUUUGACGUGGCAGCGGGCAAGGUGGUGCAAACUCUGGAGGGCCAUGCGAUGCCCGUUCGCAGCCUUUGCUUCUCACCCAAUUCCCAGAUGCUGCUCACAGGUUCCGAUGAUGGUCACAUGAAGCUUUAUGAUGUGACCCACUCGGAUGUCGUGGGCACCCUUUCUGGCCACGCCUCUUGGGUGCUGUGUGUGUCCUUCUCGGAGGACGGCAAGCACUUCGCCAGCUCUUCCAGCGAUCGCACCGUGAAAGUGUGGGACACCUCCGAACGCAAGUGCCUUCACACGUUCGCGGAACACUCGGACCAGGUGUGGGGCGUACGUUAUAGUCCUGGCAACGACAAGGUGGCCUCCGCCUCCGAGGACAAAUCCCUGAACAUAUACUUCUGUCCGCCCAAUGCGAUUGUGUGAUUCUCGUUUCGUACAAUAAAGCGUAGGUUUAAAACAAAA